AUGCGCAUUUCUUCUCUCAGCCUCGCCCUGUCGGGCCUGGCUUCCGCCGUCUCUGCGCUCGACGCAAUUGAAGUUCUUGGAAACAAAUUCUUCAAGAAGGAUGGCUCUCAGUUCUUUCUCAAGGGUGUUGCGUACCAGCUUCGCCCCCAAGAUCCUCUCAUCGACACUGAGCAGUGCCAGCGAGACGCCAGUCUCAUGAAGGAGCUUGGCGUCAACAGCAUUCGUGUCUACCACGUCGACGCCUCCGCCAACCACGAUGGCUGUAUGAAGGCUUUUGACGAUGCCGGGAUCUACCUUCUCAUUGAUCUCGACACGUUUGGCACAUACGUCAUUUCCACCGACCUGCACUGGAAUCAGACGCAGUACGAUUCUUAUGCGGCUGUCAUGGAUACUUUCCACAACUACGACAACGUCCUUGGAUUCUUUGUCGGCAACGAGAACAUCGCCAAGAAGGAGGACUCGAUCGCCGCUCCCUUUAUCAAGGCCGCUGCUCGCGACAUGAAGGCUUAUCGCGACAAGAAGAACUAUCGCAAGAUCCCGAUUGGGUACUCUGCUGCCGACAUUGUUGAGCUUCGCCCCAUGCUCCAGAACUACCUGGCUUGCGGCGGCGACUCUGCCGAUAUUGUCGACUUUUUUGCCCUCAACUCGUACUCGUGGUGUGAUCCCGCUGACUACAACACAUCAACGUACGACAAGCUGGAGGAAUACGCCAAGGACUAUCCCGUUCCCAUAUUCUUCUCUGAAACUGGCUGCAACACACCCGGCCCUCGCCUGUUUGCCGACCAGGAUGCUGUCUUUGGCAAGGACAUGAUCCACGACUGGAGCGGCUCCAUCAUUUACGAGUGGAUCGAGGAAGAGAACCACUACGGUCUCAUCAGUUACGGCCCAUCUGGUGGCGACACCUCCAACACUGCUGUUGAAGGAGGGUUUACCCGCCAGGGCACACCUACCCCUGUUAGCCCCGACUUCAACAACCUCAAGAGCAAGUGGGCAACCAUCACGCCUAGCGGUGUGCACAAGUCCGACGUUGACCCCAAGACACUGACUACGCCUGCAUGCCCUACAUCCACAAACGGAGGCUGGUGGGCGAUUGAAGGGAACGUCCGUCUUCCCACUCUCGGAGAGACCAUGGCUGGGACUUUUACGGCUGUGCCAAGCGCUACUUCCGACAGCCAGCCUCAGACUACCGGCGGGGGCGGGGGUGGCCAGGAUGAUAGCAAAAACGACGGCAAGGGUCAGGACAAGGGCCAGGACAAGGGCAAGGGCAAGAAUGCCGCUUCCAAGGACAUGCAAAUAACUGUUCUCGGAUCCAGUAUUGCGGCUGUCAUCUUGUUCGCUGCGGUGGCAUUGUAG